UUUGUUUUGAUUCAUAAAAGAGGCGUUUCCCCAUGUCUUCGUAAUGGCGCAAGGCUAUCUCCAUUGAAUUCUGGGGGUCUUCAUUUAGCGGCAUCCUUCACAGGCAGACAGGCGCAUGACCCGCGGAACAAGUCGCCGUUGUUGACAAGUCGUUAUUCCCUCAUUCAUUACCACUUCCCCUCCACCCACACGUCCAAUACAGGUCGAAACACAAACUUCAAGUUCCAUCGUCUCCCUACUCAGUCGCAUUUGCAUAUCCCAAGCGUGGGUGAUCGCUGGAAGGCUCCGUUAGCUUGGUCCACGGAACUGCGGCGGAACAAGCGUGGAAGGUACCCCGCUAAGCGUUGCAACCACUCAGCUCCCCACGUGCAUCCUCUGCGCCUCCUGAUCGGCCAGCCUUACCACGGUUCCUCGUCAACCUUUCCCCAAAUAUGAAGUUCGGCCAUCUGUUCAAGCAAACACUCCGGGAUGAGGGCUUCCCGCCAGAGUGGGUCGAUUCCGCCAUCUCUUACUCGCAGCUCAAGAAGUGCAUCAAGAGGCUUACCGACGAGCUGCAGCAAGUGGGCCUUGAUCCUGCGACCCUGUCCAAAUUGUUGAAGCAUGUCGAAGACUACAACGCCUCUACACAAGAAGAUGAUGAACAAGAAAGACCAUUCGAGUAUAUCCUCAACCCCGACAGUUCUAGGGAUAAUGCCUCGCCGUCACGGAAGGCUUUCCAUCCAAAGUUACUCUUCUACGUAAACGAGACAAGUGGAGAGGUCCUGAGCGCCCAGCUGGAUGAUGAGACCAGGCGCAAACUCCAGAUGCUGGCCGUUGAAACUGGCAUGUCUGAUUUGCGCGUCUUGGACGAUUCAGGCUCGCCAAUGCAAUCUGCCAAUUCUGUAGAUCCAGCCAGUACCAUGACGACCACCCCAACAAAUAGCUCUCGCAGCCGACCCGGUUACCGUACAGUCGAGGUUCCCAUUACCUCGGACACCGAAUUUUUCACCAGGCUUACCAGUGAAGUCACAGGGUUGGAGAAACUGCAAGAGCGCGAACAAAAACGAAUGAACGUUCAGAUUGAAGCGUUAGGGAAACAAGUUGCCAAGUUGACCAACCCCGACCGAAGAGCCAAUAGAAAGAUGCUCACUACUUGGCGUCAGAUCUUCCAGAUAUACGUCGAGGAGGGCAUUUUCUUUGGAACAACGGAGAUUGAUCAUAAAUCGCAUGAUUCGGAAAAGGCAAUGGCAAGAUUGGCUGGCUUCUCAAACAAGAUUGCUAAGGCCGGUCUGGUGGAACAGUUGAAGAAGAAGGAGAACCUGCAAGCGCUGAACACUUUUAUGCACAUCAACCGAGAGCUUCUCCAAGGCCUACGAUUCGGCGAGAUCAAUCACAAUGCCAUGAUGAAGAUUCUCAAGAAAUUCGACAAACGCACAGCUUUGGGCGUAAAGUCCACGUUCCCUCGUCAAGUAGAGUACCCAGAGUUCUCAGAACAUCUCGCCAAGGCCGUCUGCGCCGAAGUCAACACACAGAUCCUCUCCCACGUCCCGCAAAUAGAUGACUACUCGUGCCCCAUGUGCAUGGAAAUUCAAUGGCGGCCCGUAAAACUCAGCUGCAACCAUACCUUUUGCAUCAGGUGCUUGAUCGUCAUGCAGAACAACAAGCAGUACAACUGUCCCUUCUGCCGAGAGAAGACAGUUUUCGAUGCAAAUUCAGACAACCUGGAUACCGAACAAGCUGCCUUUCUCAAAAAGUGGUUCCCAGAAGAAGUCAAGAACAAGCAGCGAUACAAUGAGCUGAUGGCGGGUGUGGAUCAGUAUGGAGAGGUGUAUGCGACUGAAAAGUGCGUUGUCAUGUAACCAAUCGCUACUCUUUUGGAUCGCAUGCUAAAUUUGCCGUGUUUGAAGGUUCAUGCGCGCCGGCUCUCUGUGGCAUAUGAUUUGAUCGUAUCGACGGGUGCAGUGCAAUUUGGCAAUAGCCGUUUUUGAGAUUCGAGAUACCCAGCACAAUUUGUGCAUGUACAAUAACCAAUAGAC